UUCUCCAGUACUCUCCUGCCGGAACUAUCUGAGAAUUUGACACCCUUUUUCAAUGGCAUCAUAUUCUUCGUCACUCUUCUCCUCCACCACGCAAAACCACUCGGCAGCUUCACCUCUACAAGGCCUGUACGCUGACCAGGUUCUUCUUCCGUUUUUCGAUGCUCUUGUGGAGAAAAUGGACUUCUCAUGGAUGGUGGACUUCCUCAAGGGCAUGGUGAAGCCUUUGGCUGCCACCGUGGUGGUGCUCCUGGCGGUGGUGCUUUCGUAUGUACAGAAGCUCGGUUUGGGUGGCGAGAUGGUUUACUCUAUUGCUAGGGCCUUUGUGCAGCUGUCGAUUAUUGGGUUUGUUUUGCAGUUCAUUUUCAAUAGGGAUAAUGCUAUUUGGAUCAUCCUUGCUUACAUGUUCAUGGUCUCUGUUGCUGGCUACACAGCAGGUCAAAGGGCUAAACAUGUUCCUAGAGGGAAGUAUGUUGCAGGGGCAUCAAUAUUGGUUGGAACUGCAAUUACAAUGUUCCUUCUUAUUGUGCUCAAGGUCUUCCCCUUCACUCCAAGAUAUAUUAUCCCUGUUGCCGGAAUGAUGGUCGGAAAUUCCAUGACGGUAACCGGGGUUACAAUGAAAAGACUACGAGAUGAUAUCCGAACACAAAUGAACCUGGUAGAAACGGCAUUAGCUCUGGGAGCAACACCACGCCAAGCAACACUUCAGCAGGUGAAGCGAGCUUUGGUUAUAUCAUUGUCUCCAGUUCUAGACAACGCAAAAACUGUCGGUCUCAUCUCACUUCCUGGAGCAAUGACUGGCCUCAUAAUGGGAGGAGCUUCUCCUCUCGAGGCCAUUCAGCUUCAGAUUGUUGUCAUGAACUUUCUAAUUGGUGCAUCCACAAUUAGCAGCAUAUUGUCAACGUAUCUGUGUUGGCCUGCCUUCUUUACUAAAGCUUAUCAGUUAGAGACCAAGGUCUUCUCCGCAGAAUAGUAUUGCACAGAUAUCAUAUGAUAUAGUAGCUAUAUUUCAAGGGUUAUUAUUGCACAAUAUUACUGUAUCACCAUGUACAAGUCAGUUUUGAAGUGAUUGAAAUGAAAAAUCAAGGUAAUCCUCUGAAAUAACAU